AUGGCGACCCAGGACUCGCCAAAGCUGCUCUGGAACCCGGACAAUGUCAGAGACGUUGCCGAGUCCGUCGGCAUCACCAACCUCAACGACGACGCGCUGCGCUGCCUGACCCAGGAUGUCGAGUACCGCAUCGGCCAAGUCCUCGUCGAGGCGCUCCGCUUCAUGCGCGCCUCCCGCCGCACCACCCUCACCGUCAACGACAUCAGCACCGCCCUCAAGGCCCUCAACAUCGAGCCACUGUACGGCUACGACUCGACGCGCCCGCUGCGCUACGGCGAGGCCAGCCUUGGCCCCGGCCAGCCGCUAUUCUACAUCGAGGACGAGGAGGUCGACUUCGAGAAGCUCAUCAACGCGCCCCUGCCAAAAGUGCCAAGAGAUAUGAGCUUUACCGCACACUGGCUCGCCAUCGAGGGUGUCCAGCCGUCAAUUCCUCAGAACCCGACGACGGCCGAGUCGCGGAGCCAAGAGCUCGUCCCCAAGGGCCCCGGCGCCAACCCGGCCCUUGCCGCCCUCGCCGGCAACGACAGCGUCUCCUUCCGCCCGGCCGUCAAGCACGUCGUCUCCAAGGAGCUCAUCCUCUACUUCGAAAAGGUCCAAAACGCCCUCCUCGACGACAACCCGGACGAGGAGGUCGUGCGCCUGCGCCAGGCCGCCCUCGAGUCCGUCCGCGACGACCCCGGCCUGCACCAGCUGAUCCCCUACUUCAUAAACUUCGUCGCCAACCAGGUUACCCACCGCCUCGACGACGUCUUCACCCUCCGCCAGGCCAUGGAGCUCACGGCCGCCCUCAUCGCCAACACCAAGCUCUACCUCGACCCCUACGCCAACGCCAUUGCCGCCCCCGUGCUGACGUGCAUCCUCGGCCGCAAGAUCGGCGGCGACGACGCCGCCGACGCCAUGCGGGAACAGUACCAGCUCAGGGAGUUCUCGGCCUCGCUGCUUGGCCAGAUCGCCCGCAAGUACGCCGCCUCCAACAACCUGCUCCGUCCCAAGCUCGUCCGGACGUGCCUCAAGUUCUUCAUGGACCCGGAUAAGCCGCCCGCCACUCACUUUGGCGCCAUCACCGGCGUCGCCGCCGCCGGCGGGCCCGAGGCGGUGCGCGUGCUCGUCCUCAAGUGCCUGCGGGCGUACCACGACAACAUCCUGCAGCCGCUCAAGGACAAGGGCGAGGGCGUCGAGUUCGAGAUGCUCGUCGGCGGGAUCCUCAAGGCCAUCGCCACCAUGACCGAGGACGACAGGGCGACCGUCAACGGCAUCAACGGCACCGGCGGCAACUACGCCGCCGAGCUCAACGAGUUCAUCGGCCCCAUCCUGGGCGAGCGGCUGAACAGCAUGGGCAACCGGAGGCUGAUCAAGCACGUCCUGGAUGCCAGGAACAUUGAAUAG